GUCCCAACUCCCAACGCUCCUCUCCAUAGCCAAUCAUCACUCACCCUCUUGGUUUUUAAUUCUCAUAAUAAAACUGGUGGUCAACAACGUGUAUGGAUUCGAAUGGCUCGGACCCUGGGGUGAAGAGAGAGGCAGAGAGGGAGAGGGAGAGGGAGAGGGAGAGAGAGAGGGAGAGGGAGAGAAUGAUGGAAUAUGAGAGAUGAAGAAGAGGAAGAGUUGGGUAUGCUUCCAUGGCCUGUCAUUUUGCCUAUUCCUUUUCAUCGUCAUCAUCAUCAUCGUUUUCGUUUCUACAUAGAAAUUUCUGCGUAAACCCCAACAAAUUCAAGUCACCGAACAGAUCCACUGUUCUGUUUUCUCCUGCUGGCGCCCAUUGUGGAGCUCCCUCCAGCUCCCUCGUCUUUGAGGCUGCUUGGCUUUUUGGUCCUCCUGCAAACUUCGAAGCUUCAAAACUGGAAGUGAUUUUCAAGGGAGAAGAGAUGAAUAUGUACUCCAGAAUCACUCCAAGAACUUACACCCUCUCCCAUUGUGACAGAACGGCUAAACUUACCUUGUCUGUCUCCUCUAUCAUUAACCUUGAUCAGUUAAAAGGGUGGUAUAACAAGGAUGAUGUGGUUGCUGAGUGGAAGAAAGUGAUGGGGGAGAUGUGUCUGCAUAUCCACUGCUACGUGAGUGGUUCGAAUCUCCUCCAAGAUCUGGCUGCUGAGUUUCGAUACCACAUAUUCUGCAAGGAGUUGCCUUUGGUACUCAAAGCUGUUCUUCAUGGAGACUCCAUGCUUUUCAGAGAGUACCCAGAACUUAUGAAUGCUUCAGUUCGAGUUUAUUUCCAUUCAAGUUCACAUAGUUACAACCGUGUGGAGCGUUGGGGACCUCUGAAAGAGGCUGCGCAGGGAAAUAAAGGGGAACAAGUCCGAGGGUUUUUAAAUGCAAGUGAGAAUGGUUCCCAACCUCCUAUAAAGUGGGGAAGCUCAAAAUCCAUUUUACAAGUACUGAUGGCAUUUCUACUCUGAGUUGCUUUCCAUAAGCAACAUUCACUGAGAAGGCAAUCGCAUUCUUUGGGAUGCCACUGCUGCAGGACAUUUCACUUUCCACACUAAAAAAACAUUACCAGUUUGGAAGACUAAAGAGAAAAUCAGAAGGUCUAGUUGCAGUUGGACGAGCAUCCCUUGACAAGUUGUUUCAUUCUUUUACAUUUAACCCAUUUAAUCAAAUGGAAAAAUAACUUAAGACUAUUUGUUCACUUUCUCAAUGAGUUCAUUGAUGCUUUUUGCAUCAUCUAAAUGAUAUCACCUAAAAAUUGCAAAUAUAUGUUACAAACCAGCAG